AUAAAAUAAGUCCAUGGUACAAAUUUUCGUUCAGUCCACGUUUUGAUGCUGACUAGUGUAGAAAUGGAGUUGAAACGGGUUAUCAUAUUUUCAUUUGUGGGUGUUGUGGCCCUUAUCGGUGUGGGAGGCGUGGACGACUUAUCGUUGCCAACCCCACCACCUCCGACGGUUCAUCUGGGUCAAGGCGUGCUUCAGGGGAAGACUGAAAUAAGUCGGGGUGGACGGAAAUUCAAUGCCUUUUAUGGGGUGCCCUUUGGGAAAAUUGCGAAACGGUUUGAGAUGGCUAAACCGGCCGAUGGUUGGAGCGGGGUUAAAAUUGCGACCGCAAAAGGACCUGAAUGUAUUAACACUGGGUUUGAUAAUUGGAGCGUGACGGGAAGUGAGGACUGCCUUAAUUUGGACGUCUACACGCCACAUUUACCGUCAAAUGAGUCCUCGGAAAGUGGGAAGUUGCUCCCUGUUUUGGUUUGGAUUUACGGGGGUGGUUUCGUCGGUGGAUCGAAGAACGCGUAUGGAGGGUCAUACUUUAUGGAUGAGAACGUCAUUUUGGUCCUUAUAAAUUAUCGCUUGGGCGCAUUUGGAUUCCUCAAUGCUGGAGUCUCAAGUGCGAGAGGAAAUCAAGGCAUGAAAGACCAAGUCCUCGGACUUCGUUGGAUACGCGACAAUAUCGCCCACUUUUCCGGAGACAAGAAUAAAGUCACCAUUUUUGGCGAAUCUGCCGGCGGCGUGUCCGUCUCCCUUCUGACCGUUUCGCCCAUGGCGCAGGGUCUCUUUCACGGCGCAAUCAUGCAAAGUGGGACCGCCGGGAUGCCAUUUUUCUAUCAUGGCGUCGACGGUCCCAGCCUCGCAGUCAAGUUGGCCAAGGAGGUGGACUGUCCGUCAAGCAAUAUGGAAUACUUGGUCGAAUGCUUACAGCGACUGGACCCCAAAGUUAUUGGACCGUACAGCCGUAUGAUUAAUGAACUUGGUUUCGACGAAUCCGCUAUCAAUAUGAGCCCCUCGUACGAAACAUACCUUCCCCCUGACAACUCCACUGUAGACGUGUUCCUCUCCUGUGACCCGUACAAGCUUGCCGCUGCCGGAAACUACUCCAAAGUUCCCAUGGUCAUUGGGAUAGCUGCUUUUGAAACGAACGGCAUGAUAUCUCACACCCUUAAGAAUGCCAGUCUCGUUAAGAAAUUGAAUCAUCAGUGGGGUCGGAUCGCCCCGAAUUUUCUAUUCUUUUCGUCAAGGGCGGAAGAUCCGGGCGAAACAAGUCACGCGAUUAAGACGCACUUCUUUGGCGAUGGGAAAAUCGACGCGUCCUCUUCCUCGGGUUACGAGUCGCUCAUGUCCGACCGCCACUUUGUGCACUCGACCCGCGUUUUUGCAGACCUAUAUGCGAAACAUGUGCCCGUUUAUUUGUACAAUUUUACCCAGAUGGUACCCGUCGUGAAACAUUCGCAUGUUCAAGAUGACGGAAAAAGUCGAAGAGUUCCAUCCCACGCGGACGAGAUUCCAUACAUGUUCGAAGUAUCCGGUGACUUCGCCCAGAUGUUCAACCAGAUUGGGAAGGGUCACGAGGACGAGAAAUUCUCUCGAGAAGUUGUGGCCACUUGGGUAGCAUUUGCUGCCACGGGGAAACCAAACGGUCCUUGGGUUGAUUGGCCAGCGUAUAACGAGCAUGGUACAUCGCCCAAGAAGUGGAUGCAUAUCGAAAAAGGAGCAAAAGUUGAACCCAUUCCAGACUCGUGGGAAGUUAGUGAUAAAUUUUGGAAGGGUCUGAACAUCAAGGAACUUGGGGGGACGUGGAAGUCAGACGAAGCAUAGAUAAGGUGGGGUAGUGUAUUGUAUAAAUUCAUAAAGAUACAUUUUUUGCUGUAUGUAUCAAUUUGAAUGUCUUUAUUGUAGUAAAAGAUUUUUGAGUAAUGAAAGAAACAAACAAUAUUUGCAUAGAUAAUUUGACAGAAUUUAUUGGAAUUUUCGGAAUUUAUUUUAUGCACAGAAAAUGGAAUUACUUAAUAAAUUUGUAUUGUGGUUGAGUACCUGUAUGAUAUAUGUACUUAAAAUGUUACUUUAAUGGGAUACAAUAAAACAACGGGAGUCAUAUCCAUUUAGGAUUGGCCCUUGGUGGCAUUUGGCUACUUAUUAGCAGAUAAAAUCUGUAAAUUCUGUACAUACAAACUUUUACAAAGUUUUAUACAUAUUUCUAAAGGAAAUUAGCUCACAAAUUUUUGUAAAUAUUCUUAGGGCAAGGGCGUGUUUUUAUUUUAGUGUGUAAAAUUAUUUUACUUACGGAUCUUACAAAUUACUAAUGACUGCAUAAAUUGUGUCAAUAAAUGGCUAAUUUAAUCCCCCA